GGUGGAAAACAAAAGGCAGCGUGACACAUAAAGACGGAGAGAAACGACAGGAAAGUUUUCGCUUCAGCCACAACGAGACGUGCACGCAGGUCGGAGACGCUCCGAGAACCCCUUCUGUCCUCCGUGCUGCGCUUUUAGAGGUUUGGGGUGGAUUUUGAUUGUGUUUCAGAUGCUGAGUAGCGGGUGACUGCCCUCCUUCAAGAACACAGCCACUCAGAGACGAACAUGGAGAACGGACAAAGCCGGCUGCAGCAGGUCCAGAAAGAUGUGGACGAUGUGAAGGUCAUCAUGCUGGACAACCUGAACAAGGCUACCGAGCGAGAGGGCAAGCUGGGCGACUUGGAGGACCGGGCUGACGUGUUGCUCCAGGAGAGCCAGAAGUUUCACAAGACAACAGUAAAAGUGAAGCAGAAGAAGAGACGGGAGAACAUGAAGUGGAAGCUGAUCAUGGGAGGUGUCAUUGCAGUCGUCAUCAUAGUCCUGAUCAUCAUCCUGGCUAUCUUUUUAUCUGGAAGUAAUGGAAACUCCACAUAAGAGGCCUUUGGAGAUGAGGAGCCUAUAACGUCUCUUCAAGAUGCUUGAGGGCACUGACCUGUAGCUGCAGCUGUAUGGAACAUCUGUGAAAGUUCAGGAUGUCUGUGCGUGAUGUGAGGACAUGAACUAGAAUAUUUUUUGUUCUGUUUUUAAAAUCUCAGAGGUCUGCGUGUUCAGAUAUUUGCGCUAGGCGAUGCAAUGGUACUAGUUUACACUCACUGCUGCUUCUGCCUCUAUUCUGUUUAGAACGUCCAGUAAUGUCCAGAACAGUUUCUAUCCUGAUAUCUGUGGGGCAAAUCUGAACUAUGCUGAGCUGAACUCUUUCAUUUUAAAAUUUCUCUAUUGAAAUGUUGAUAAACAUGUAUAAAUCUUCAGAAAAAGACAUGUUCUUAAGUUCAGAAGCUCAGGUUUUCUCUCUUCCUCACUUAGACUCUGAGAAGUUUCUAUUUCUGAGCUUGUGGUUUGUGUUGAAUGUUCUGAAAGUUGCCUUAUCUGCAAAAAAAUUUUUGUCAAUGUAAGUAUCGUUUUCCUUGUUAAUAUGGUUCUGUUUUUUACUCUUGAGCAAUCCACACAGUUCAUCACAGCUGGAGUCUAGACUUGCUUUGUGGAGUUUACUAUGCAGAGUGAAUAAGAUAGGAAAAGAUGUAUUGAAUAAAACUCGGCCUCAUCGGUUUGACAGAAUUCA